AUGUCAGGUCCAGCCGUGGCUCCAUAUGGAGGUUUCUUGGUGAAAACUCUCGAUGAAGAAAAAGAAAGAGAACAAAAAUUACAAGAACAAUCAUCUAUUGAAGUUAAUAUCAAUGGUACUACUGAAACCAUUAGACCUGAAGCUUUACAUAUUAGAGGAGUGGAUAAUUUAUCAAGUGAGGAUAUUAAAUCAUUUGUGGAUUAUUAUGUCAAUUAUAUCGUUACUAAAGAUGAAGAAACCAAUCAAGAACAAUAUGAACAAUUACCUUUGGAUGAACAAAUUACAUUUAGAAUUCAAUGGGUUAAUGAUUCAAGUAUAAAUGUUACAUUUAAAACUCAUGAAGAAUGUUUUAAAGUGUUAAAGAAAUUAUCUAUAACCAGUUCAAAUCCUGCUAUUUAUACUAGUGAACAGCCUCAAGAAUUAACUAUUGAAAAUGUCGAUUAUGUUGCUGAUAUAAUUCAAGAACGAGAAUCAAAACCAUAUACUCCUAUUUUAAAUUUUAUAAAACAUCGAGAUUUAAGUGCAAGAUUAGGAUUAGGUAUAAGUAAAGAAGGAGGUGAAGAUGGUGAAGAAGCAGUAGCACAACAACCAUCUAUGGAAGAAGAUGAAUCUUCUAUUGUAUUAUAUUUAAGACAAGCAUUCCAAUCAGAUCGAAAAGUUAAAAAUGCAAAACUUUAUUCAAGAUAUUAUUUAUUACAUGGUGAACCAGAAAGACAAACCAAUUAUAGAAGGAAUAACUACAGGGAUAGAGAACGUCGUCCAAGACGUAAUGAACAAGAAGAAGAAGAACAAAAGGCUAAUGAUGAUGAUGAAGAUUUAUUUGCUGAAAAGAUAAAUAAUCCAAAUAGAGUUAAUUUCACAAGAACUAAUGAUAGAACAGCUAAUUUUGAUCAUCCUAAUGAAAUAGUUCCUGAUCAUCAAGAAGAAGAAGAAGAAGAAGAUUUAUUUGCUUAUAAGUUAAGAGAAAGAGAAAGAUCUCCAAGUAGACGUUGA